AUGCAGACCAGGAGCAAGCGCCAUACCCAUCAUACCAACACCUCCCUCUUGUCUCUGUUCUUCCUCCUCCUCCUCCUCCUCCUACCCACAACCAACACAGCCGCCGCCGCCGUCACAAUCGGCGGCGGCGUCAGCGUCGGAAUCGGCAAUGCAGGUACAGGAGGCGUGUGGAUCGGCGGCGGAGUCACCUCCCAAAACCCUAACCCUCCUGCCGGCUCGACCCUCGACGCCGCUUACUCUGCUCUCCAGGCCUGGAAAGCCGCAAUCUCCGCCGACCCUUCCGGCGUCCUCGCCACGUGGGUCGGCCAGAAUGUCUGCUCCUACAAAGGCAUCUUCUGCAAACAACAAUCCCCCUCUUCUUCCUCCACUCCCACCGUCACCGGAAUAGAUCUCAACCGUGCAAAUCUCCAGGGAACCCUCGUCACCGAGCUUUCCCUCUUAACCGAUUUGACCCUCCUCCACCUCAAUUCCAACAGAUUCCACGGCGCCGUCCCGGAGACAUUCCGUGACCUAAUUUCCCUCCAGGAAUUAGACCUCAGCAACAACCAAUUCUCCGGCGAGUUCCCUUCCUCCGUCCUCUACAUCCCCAAUCUCGUCUACCUCGACCUCCGAUUCAACUCCUUCUCCGGCCCAAUCCCCGACGCCCUCUUCGACAAGCGCCUCGACGCCAUCUUCCUCAACAACAACCAAUUCGACGGCGAAAUCCCCGACAAUCUCGGCAACUCCCCUGCCUCCGUCAUCAAUUUGGGCUACAACAAGUUCACCGGACAGAUCCCCUUAAGCCUGGGGUUCAUGAACUCGAGGCUCAAGGAGAUUCUUUUCCUCAACAACCAGCUCACGGGGUGCGUCCCCGAAGGAAUCGGGCUCUUCUCCCAGAUGCAGGUUUUCGACGUCAGCUUCAAUUCCCUGAUGGGUCAUUUGCCCGACACGGUGGCGUGCUUGAACGAGAUCGAGGUUCUGAAUUUGGCACACAAUGAGCUUUCGGGUUCGCUCCCCGAGCUGGUCUGUUCGUUGCGGAGCCUGGUGAAUUUGACGGUGGCGUACAAUUUCUUUUCUGGGUUUAGUCAGGAGUGCGCGAAGCUGUUUGUGAGGAACGUCGGGUUUGAUUUCGAGUCGAAUUGUAUCCCCGGGAGGGAUAUGCAGCGGCCGCAGCCGGAGUGCUCGUUGGUGCCCGGCGGUGGGUUGAGUUGUUUGAGGAUUCCGGCGGCCCAGCCGCUGGUUUGUGGGUCGAUUUUGGGUAGGGUUGGGGCCGGCGCCGAUCGGCAGGUUCGGCCGGGACCAGGAUCAUCCUCUUCGCCGUGA